AUGGGUGGAGUUGAGUUUGAAGGCACUACUGAUCCUGCGGAAGCUGAACAAUGGCUUGAGCGCAUGGAGAGAGUCUUUGAUCAAUUAGAGUGCUCCAAUGUUGCCAAAUUCAAGGAUGUUGUCUCUCUUUUACAAAAAGAUGCCUAUAAUUGGUGGAUGAUCGUGCCUAAUGCAAAAGCAAGACCUCCAGUUCUUACUUGGAAUGACUUUGUGGAUGCAUUCCGUAUGAAAUAUGUCCCUCCUUUCUAUUGUGAUGCAAAGAAGAAGGAGUUUCUGGAUCUACAGCACAGGAAUAUGUCUAUUGCAGAGUAUCAACAAAAGUUUCUCAAGCUUUCUCGUUAUGCUGCAGGUAUUAUCUCUGAUGAAAAAAAUAAAUGCAGGAGAUUUGAAUAUGGGUUGAAUGACUCCAUCCGAAAAUCUGUGGCGGUCCUACAACAUGAUAAUUUUGGCAAACUAGUUUCAGCUGCUCUUGCAAGAAUCGACAAGGAAAAAGCUAGUAGAAAUGAGAACAAGUCCAAAAAGGCUAAUUCAGAUUAUGGAGGUCCAUCUAAAAAGGGGAAGUUUUAUCAUUAUAGGCCUGGUAGUGUUCACAAGUCAGCUCAAAAUAAGCAAAGUAGAUCAAAUUUUUCUUCUGCUAGCAUUCCAAGUCAUGGCCAAGGCAAGACUCGUGUACCCACUUGUCCUCAAUGUGGGAAGAAUCACAAAGUGCUUGGAGGAAAGAUUCUGGAAUCUACUACUACUCCUUCUCAAAGGAACAGAGGUGCAAGAUCUAGAAACACUGAAGCAGUGGGUUCAAGUGGAGCUAAUCAGGCUAGUGGGUCAAGAGCUACUGCACGAUUUUAUUCCAUGAGAUAG